UUUUAUUUUUGGGUAAUGUUAAAAAUAUAAACUAAAUUGAUAAUUUUCGGUUAAUUUAUAAAAUUUAUAAAAUUUAUUAUUUUCAAAUUACAUAAAAAUAAAAUAUUAAAUUUAUUUUAUAUUUUUUAUAAAUUAUUUUUGUUUAAUUUGAUAAUAAAUAAUAAAAAUUAAAAAAAAAUUGACUUUGAUUUUUUAAUGAUUUUUAGGCUGACGAGGCAAUAACAUGGCGUGUUGACUAACGGUCAAUGGUGUUGACCAUCUAAAUUGACGGUCAAACUAGGUGUCAGGCCAAUUGAGUCUAUAUGUUACAUAGUUGAGGUCAGGAUGUUAAUUUUUAAAACCACGGGCAAAAAUUGAUUAUAUGAUCGUAGUUCAGACCAAAAUAAGAUAUUAACCCUAAAACAAUUAACAACUUCAAUAGAUCGAUCUUCAGAAUUGCAGCGGUGCCUAAAAAUAGAAACCUAACAUUCUUCCUUGUUUAUAAAAUGCCUUCUCUUCUACGAAUGUUUGGUGAAAUGUGGAAGUACGGGUCCAUUCACUUUCACAACGCUAGCUGGUCCAGUUUCUAAGAUCCUGGAAGAUCAUUGCUCUGGCCCUCCAAUGAUUAAUUUGAAUCACAUAUGUCCUCUCAACUCUGAUUUUGAGCAAACAAUCAUGUCUACGAGUUAUAUCAUUUGCCCGGUUUUAGUCCUUCCAUGAAUUAGUUACAAACUCGUCGUUGACAUUAACUCGACCCUAGUAAGUACGUUCUAGAUGGCUCACAAGCCAUAUAUUGAUGAGAACUUGCAUUUUAGUAUUUUGAAUUAUUGUCGUUUUAUUAUUAUUCGGAUUAUUGAGACUAUUCGGGAAUUGGGGAAUAAUUGAUAGAUCGGGUAGUAGUAGGGAAUUAGCCAUUUUUAUAUAAACUACUUGUACGUGGGAUUAGAGAACUAAGCAAAGAUUAAACCUAAAGCCUAAUUUCCCACUCUCUCUCUUCCUCUCUCCCAAUUUCGGUCGGCCUCUUUCGACCCAACCCAACUCAUCAGUCACCGGGAAGAGCGGACAACAAGGGGUCCGCGUGCUGGAAAGGGUCAUAUGGAGCGCCAGAAGCUCCUGGAGGGUACCCAGACCAACACGGCAGCUAUCAUGGAUACUACGGACCUGGGAACCCGAAUCGAGGGCAGGGAUUCUCGCACGGGCAGCCAUGGAGGACAUCGGGUGAGGACAUGUAUGGUUCGUAUUACCAUACUUAUGAGGGAACAGAUGGCAGAGUUUUCCGAGUUAAACCUCCUACCAUUGAGUUUCCAAAAUUCAAUGGGCAAGAGGACGCAAGUCUCUGGUUGUAUGCAGCUGAGCGGUGGUUUAAAAACCACCCGAUUCCAGAGGAGAGGAAAGCUUAUCUGAUAUCCUUCUACUUGGAGGGAGACGCGCUGCAGUUGUGCGAGUGGAUGGAGAGAUCCUACGCGGCAGUUGAGACCUUGAUCACCUGGCUCAUGUUUUAGGAGGAGCUCCGAUACCAGUUCGGAAAAUUAGAAGGGUGGGCACCAAAGCAGCUCGCAAAGCUGAAACAGUGCAGGGGAGUGCCAGAGGACACUCUGGUUGGGUUGUGCAUGGCGGGCCUCAAGCCCGAGAUAGCAACGACAGUCAGAGUAUUCGAGCCAGAUUCUCUGAAGGCUAUUUUUCGUCUUGUAGGUCACAAAGAGGAAGAACUUGCCAGUUGGAGGAGCACCAUUGGCCGUUACCUGAGGCCAAAUGGAGGGGGGCAGCGGAAGUAGUGGAGCUGGUGGCAGCGGGGGAGGAUCCGCGGCGGGAAAUGUCUCUGGAGCUAAUACCGGGAGUGGGAAUGCGCCACCAGUGGCCAGAGUGGGGCCGCAGGCCAUACCAAAAGGGUUCGUGCAACUCACUCCGGCUGAGGUGGAACAAAAGAGGCGGGAGGGCAAGUGCUUCAACUGUGAUGGUCGGUUCACCAUUGGCCAUCAGUGCCCGAAGCCGGAGCUGAUGAUGCUUGUCGGACGCUGGGAAGACGAAGCCAAGGAUGCCGCUGAGGACGUCGGGAAUGGCGAAAAGGAGAACCAGUGAGCUGGAGGAACAACCUUGGGGACAAUGUUGCUUUUCGAAGAAAGCGGGGAUGAUGAGAACUUGCAUUUUAGUACUUUAAAUUAUUGUCGUUUUAUUAUUAUUCGGAUUAUUGUGACUAUUCGGGAAUUAGGGAAUAAUUGAUAGAUCGAGUAGUAGUAGGGAAUUUGUCAUUUUUAUAUAAACUACUUGUACGUGAGAUUAGAGAACUAAGCAAAGAUUAAACCUAAAGCCUAAAUUCCCACUCUCUCUCUCCCUCUCUCCCAAUUUCGGCCCGACCCUUUUCCCUCUCUCCUUCGCCAGACUGCCCCCCCCCCCCCCCCCCCCCCCCCCUCGAUUUCCCUCCCCUUCCUCCUUUCUAUGACACAAGAGAUCAAUUCAUGAUUGAUCAAUCCCAAUCCCUAGAUAGGACCCAAUCCACCAGGCUCUAUCAUAUAUAUGGAAAGAUCAUAUUUUGCCACCAUUUUAGGAGGGUGAACGACUAACGUGUUGAUCAUCUAAAAUGCGUUUACUUAACAUAGACCGAUGGUUGACCUAUAUAUAUUUGAAUUAAAUGUUUAGCACAGA